GGCGGCCGAAGAUCGCCGAGCGGACGGCUACGCGGAGAGACUACGGCUGGCAUGGUGUGGGCCGCAGCACGGCCACAGUGUUCCAAAAGUCGGCACCACGCACGAAUCGUGUUACGCGCGACGCAGAGCCACCAAGCUGCGUCGUCGAAUCGCGCUCGGCUGGCCUCCGAUCGAGUGCUCCGUCGAGCGCAGCCAGGGAACGCGAGUAACCAACAGCUGGCUGCUGUCCGAUUAGAGAUCGAUCGAAUCGACGACGACGACGACGACGAGGGCCGGAAAACUCGAGACUCUGUUUGCGUAGAAUCGUCAGCUACGAAGACGAAAACGACGACGACGACGACGUCGUCUUAUCGUUAUAGAAGAUCGUGACACGUGAACGAACAGAAGCAGUGCCGUGGGCAAACGAUAAACCGCGAGUGAUCAUAGUAUUCGAAUUGCCAAUGAGAAACAGCGCUAGCUCGAACGAAGACAAGCCGAGACGACGGGGGAUCCAAAAGGAGUUGGUCGGCGAAAGGGACCUCGAUACGAUCGACAGGAUACUCGUGGAUCUUGGAACCCUGGCGAUUUAUGGGGGACUUUAGCGCGACCAGCCUCUUCUCCAAUAGUUUGUCCAGCACGACGAAAUCUUCGAUCGGUAGCAAUACCGCGAGUCCCGGUGUAACCGUAACCACCUCAACGAUGCAGGACGAUCUGUUGAUCGAGAAACAAGCGAGUGGCAAAGCAGCGCCGCUAUCGCCCAGUACCGGCCUGGAAGCCGUCGCUGGACUAGAAAAGGCGAAAGACGCGGUCGAGGUCGAGAGUAUCGCUAUCACGCCGACGACGCCCUCCUCUACGGAGAAGGAGAUCGCCUGUAGCACCGGUUCGGCGCUUCAGGGUUUUUCCGAGGCGGCCAGAGUGCCGAGCUUGUGGUCAUCCGCUCCGGAUGACACCGGUCUUCACGCGUUACCGGUCAACGGAUCCAUCGCAGCGUUUCAGAACUUUCCGACCGGUGGUCCGACCGGGUUGUUCGCUGGUACCGGUCCAACCGUCUCGGCUGGUACGCGUCGCGCUAUCACGGCUAGUCACAAUUUCCCGCAACAGCACGGUAACGCGACCGCUGCGACUGCGAGACACGGACUUCAGGUCUCGUCCGCUCAACAACAGCAACAGCAGCAACAGCAACAACAGCAACAACAACAGCAGCAACAGCAGCAGCAACCGCCGCAACAACAACAGCAGCAGCAACAGCAACAUCAACAACAACCUACAGCCACCUCGCAUCCGGGAGUUUACCUACCUGGCAAAGGUUACGCGGCUUGGUCCGGUGGCCCGCAAGCGCCUCAACAAUGGAGCGCUGGGCCGCAAGCUGCGGCUGUCGCGAAUCCCGGCCUUUCGCCCUGGAAUCGCGGCAGAUCGGUACCGAAUCUUCCACCCCUGCACUCGUCCCUGCACGCCGCUGCUGCGGUCGCCGCAGCUGCCGGGCUACAGGGCAGGAAACCGAGUCCUACGUUUCCCGGUCAUCCGGGACCAGCGGCUCAUCCCUCCUGCAUCAGCCCGGUGAAAUUUCGAAGAAGCACCUCGUAUCCCGGAAAAGGCACCAUGUAUCCGCCUCAACCUGCGCCAACCUUCGAAGUUACCACCGCCGACGACCGAGAUUUGCUACAGCUGCCGCCGUUUCAGCAGGAUCGUAUGACGACAAAUGGAAAUUCACCGUUGGACAGUAUGAGAACGUUGGAGCAUUACUUGAGCGACAUCAUGCGAGGUACAGCGGAUACCUCUGAACACGUGAAAGGAUACAUAAGUUGCAAUGCCAGCACGCUGCAAUCGCUCGCGCAACUGCACGGCAAAUCGCCGUUCUUUCCAAGUUUGGAGGAUCAGAGCGGCACGCUGCUAGAAGAUCCGAAUGCAGCGAGUCAGCUUGAUGGCGUCGGUGUUGGCGUCGGUGUCGGAGUCGGAGUUGGCGUUGGAGUCGGUGUCGGUGUCGGCGUCGGGGUUGGAGUCGGCGUCGGUGGCGGCAUAACCGGCUCUCAGACCGCACCGCUUUCCUCCCCGAGUCGGAGCAGUCCUCACAGUCAAGGUAGCGAGACCGGAGAACGUUUCUCUAGGAAGGUGUUUGUCGGUGGUCUGCCACCGGACAUCGACGAAGAGGAAAUCAAAGCCAGUUUCCGUCGUUUCGGAUCGUUGGUCGUCGACUGGCCCCACAAAGCGGAGAGCAAAUCCUACUUUCCACCGAAGGGCUACGCUUUCUUGCUUUUCCAGGACGAAGCGUCCGUACAACAAUUGAUCGACGCGUGCAUUCAAGACGAGGAGAAAUUGUAUCUAUGCGUGAGCUCGCCAACGACCAAAGACAAGCCGGUGCAAAUUCGACCGUGGCGACUGAGCGACGCGGAUUUCGUGCUGGACGCUUCGAUGCCGCUGGAUCCGCGAAAGACGGUGUUCGUCGGUGGUGUUCCACGGCCGUUGAAAGCCGUCGAGUUGGCGAUGAUCAUGGAUCGACUUUACGGAGGCGUGUGUUACGCCGGUAUCGAUACCGAUCCCGAGCUCAAGUAUCCGAAAGGAGCCGGCAGGGUCGCUUUCAGUAAUCAACAGAGCUACAUAGCUGCCAUAUCGGCGAGAUUCGUUCAGUUACAACACGGCGACAUAGACAAGAGAGUCGAAGUCAAACCAUACGUUCUGGACGAUCAAAUGUGCGACGAGUGUCAGGGACAACGUUGCGGUGGCAAAUUCGCGCCGUUUUUCUGCGCAAACGUUACCUGCCUACAGUACUAUUGCGAGCACUGCUGGGCGACGAUUCACUCGCGACCAGGUCGCGAGUUCCACAAGCCGUUGGUGAAGGAGGGUGCGGAUCGACCUCGAGCCGUGCCGUACCGCUGGUGUUAACCCCAGCUGCGUUGUCCCUAAUUAUCUCGCAACCCUAGCUAAUUAACUACCACUUCUACGUACCAACUUCUCCUCCCCCCCCCCCUACGAGAACCUUCUACCGCCCGCCGCCACCCACCCUUCCAUUCAUUCAAACUCCCCCGGCCCGUCCGACACUUUGUCUCACCCUUGCUCACAUACCUACCUGCAUCGAAACACAGCCCGAAAACCGUUAUUAUCGCUACUACCCACUGAUCGUCGGUACUAUCGCUAUUCUACUACUAUCGCUAUUAUCGCUAUUGCUAUUACCGCUCUAUCGCAAUCACCACCAUUACUAUUCCACUAUGAGUUACCUUUGCUCUGCUAUCCACCGCUACAUGGACGUGUUUACCGGUUACACGGCGGACAAAUCAGUCGCCUUCGCCACCGUCACGGCCAAUACUACCACCACACAUCCACUACCACCACCACCACCACCACCACCACCACCACCACUACCACCACCACCACCACCGCCGCCGCCGUCACCACCGCCGCCGCCGCCGUCGCCGCCAUCGUCUUCUGCCAGCCGAUGCGUCUCGACGUUACCUUCUCGCACCGACGACCACUUCGAUCUUUCAUCUCCGAGUUUGUAUGUGUGACACUCGGCGCACCAACCAAUUCACCACGAGGAAACGGUUUAGCAGCGGAGGAGGAAGACUCGUCGACGAUUCGUCGGUGCGUCGGUAAUACACAGAGUGCUGCGCGCUAGUUCCGCUUUAUAACAAACGUACGAGUCGAGGCCAAGAAGGAACAACGGACCGUCGCCCUAAACGCCUUUCGUCCGACCGAGAUGGAACAUGCGUUAGUUACCGAUAUCGAUAUCGACACACACACACAUAUAUAUAUAUAUACAUACACAAAUACAUAUGUAUAUAUAUAUAUAUAUAUAUAUACACAUAUAUAAGUUACGAAUGUGCGUAGACGGUUAUAAUUAAAAGCUCUCUCGUACGAAGCACGCGUUGGACGCGUCCGACGAGAGGUUUUAAUCGUGGUUCGCGCUCGCGGAUCGUCUCUUCCCAUUACCGAAUGUCAGACGGGAAGAUUCGUUCCAGGUGUUCCUCUUCCUCUCCUUUUGCCUGUUCGCUCGUUCCUUUUCUCGUAGCGCGUCGGCCGAACACGGACGACGGAUCUCCUCGUCGAUCGAUCGCGCGUCGGACAGAAGCGCGGAAGCUACCACGAGGAACGUCGUUCUCCGUUGUCCGCCGAUUGUCUAUCCGUUUUUCGCGAGCCGCUCGGACGAAACGAAAUCUUUCGAGCGACGAACGCGCGCUAUCCUCCUCGUUGACUUCUUUCUCCUCCUUCUUCUACUUCUACUUGCUUCACCUCCUCCUUUUGCGAUCUCGCUUGUUCUUUCUCGUCGAACAGGCCAAGGCAACGAAAGGAAAUCGGAGAACGAGAGGAACGGAGCGCCGUACCGGGGCAAUCGUCCCUUUCUUUCGUCGAGCGUUCUGUGCCACCUCGAGACAUCGAUCGAGGCAGAAUCGAGCGUCGAUCGAGGUAGCCAAACGGCAGCUUGCCCUCUCCUCGAUGGAAGGACGCGGCCGUCGCUUCGAACCUGACCCGAGCGGUGUACGGAAAUAUAUAAGGAACGUACACGAGUGUGAACGUGAAUCGAAACGGUAAGAGGUGAUAGCGAGUACCUGAUUCGACGUGAAACCGCGAGGAUUAAGAUUGAUGGAACGCGAGCACGAGAGAGCAAAAGAUUGAGACGAAAGCGAGUAAAGGAAACGAUUGGAAAGAAUCGGAAGAAGCGUGCAUGCCUGUGUGAAUGAACGAGGAAGAGGAGAUGCGGAUGGAAAGAUGAGACGGCAGAGCGACGCAAAGAGUUAGAAAAUGGUCGAUACUCGCGAGCUGGUAGAUAAACGCGGAAGAGUGAUAUAAAUAUAAAGACGCAAACGUUUAAAAAAUGAGCCAUUCGCGUUGGACGUUGAAUAGGUAAUGAAAAACCAACCACGCUUCGAAUCGCUGUGUGUCGGAUAAUUAUCUGUAUCACACGGUCUUUAGCUUUUAAGAACUUAUUAAAUGUUACAUAGGUGCGUUAUAUAUAUAUAUAUAUGUAUAUAUAUGUAUAUAUAUAUGUAUAUAUAUGUAUAUAUACGUUAUAUAUCUGUAUGUAUAUAUAACAUACAUAUAUAUACACAUGCGUUUCCCGCGUGAAAAACGUGACGUUGCGCUCGUAGACAAAAUAUUUGAGUAAAAUAAACGAUUUUUUACUAAUUAACUUAUUUGAAUGCAAGAAGUAAGUAGGAAAAAGUAUCAUGGGAUAGAAAAUAGAGGAAUAACCGAAAGAAAGUGAAACGGAAGGAGGUGAGAUAAUAUGCCGAGAGUCAAUGGAAGCAAGAACGAAAGUGUAAGAAAAAGAAUAGAAUGCGUGCGCGUUUGCCUGAGAGUGUGCGUGCGUGCGUGAAGGAGAGAUUGUGAAAAAGAGAGGAAAUAAGAAGAAGGAGGAGGAAGGAUAAACCAAGAAGAAGGAAGAAGGGGGCUUAGGAGAGCAAAGUAGAGAAAUGGAAUUCGAAACGGACGUUGAAAAGACGAUAGUCCAAUUUACUUAACGCACGAUCGCGCGUUGAGUUUGCUUAACCGUACCAGAUCCUCAGCCAAUACACGAAACCUUAACCGAGCGACCCUUCCAAAAAUGUCUUGAAACGACGGGGAGGAAAGAAAACGCGAUGGUACGAGGCUUAACCGUAACGAUCGUACCGGGACAGUCUGUUACUCAUUUUCAAGGAAAUUAAAUAGAGUACAAAACGAACGGUCGCGUCGGCACUCGAAAGUCAAGGAAGGAAAAAGCAUCGAAGCGGGCGUAACACCGAGAUAAUCGAGAGAGCGAAGAAACGGGAGAUCUCUCGCGAUCGAGACGCGUCGCGGGACUAAUCUCGGCCGUGAAUCCGGAAACGAUCCUCAAACCUGGUGUUGGAACGUGAACGAUUCUACGUACCUGGGCCUCCGCGUUUCUUUUUUUCCAACAACGAGCGGCGAACGUCUCUCCACUGGAUCAGUGUAUUUGGAGUAAGUCGAUCUCGCGAAUAUACGGUAACGCUCCUUUCCAUGGAGGACACACACGCGGAAUCGCGCACACACAUAUACAUAAACACACACACACAUAAACACGUACGCAAUUACAAUUUUCUUGACGGGGAAGAGACGUAGCGAUCGAGCUCCUAGCAAAUUACUCUUCAUACGUCCGAUAUAUAGGAGAUGCGAAGGAAACGCGCGCAAGGAUCGACGUUGUUUUCGCGCGAACGAACGCUAAAUCGAUAGGAUAAAAUACGAAGAAAACUGCACGGGUUUCUGCUGUGUAGAUGACCGAUCCUUCUUGUACCGAUACGAUCCGCGUUGAACGCCUGUCGCGAUGCACGUUUUCUCGAUCCUAACGAAUUUCUUCGCUCGAUGUAUAUAAUCAAACGCAAUGAUGCGAUCGACGUAGUUCAAAUGAAAUCUCAUCUCGACGGAGACGCGUUAUUAUAAGUUUUAUUCUUCGAAGGAGGAACAGAGGACUUUUCUCGGUGGUAAUUGCCAGCGUGUCGCUUCCGACCGUGGCCCGUUGCCACGCGUUAACUUUCGUCCGACGUCCUGCCCGCAGCUUUCAUUUUCUUCUCGAUGAAUGGAUACGAAGCAGUCGGUAGUUGGAUAAAGUUGGCGGACGAAACAUUGACGCGAAUUUCGGACAAGUACGCAACGGUGGAAACGACACGGAUGGUUAUCAGUAUGCAACGUUAUGUGUUCCGCUUAAUAGAUGGUCGUUUUAUACGUAGCAGCACCGUCAGUUGAAACCAUAAGCUCGUAGAUUAACCUCGCACGACGAGUAUCUUUAACGACACGUUUUCCCGUGUUACGCAUUCGUAAGAAAAAGAUGUACACGACACACAGACACACGCGCACGUACACGUAGGCACAUACAUACGCGUACACGCAUACCUACGAUAUCACAAAUGUAGUCAUCCGGGAACGAAUCGAUAAAAAUUAAUCGUGGAUUAACCGAUGCGUACCUUGGCGUACGUUUAGUAACAAGGAAUGAAUAAACAAAAGUAAUUUCCACAUCUAUAUAUACAUAUAUAUAUUUACAUAUAUAUUUAUUUUUUUGGUACUCUUUUUGUAUAUACGUGUCGCCAUAGAUUAGGUGACGUCUAGGAUCCACACGAGGUACGAAAUAUCCGCGUGAGAGAACAGAGCGAAAACCAGGGACGAGAGAAACAGCGUACGAGAGAGUGCGAGCAAGAAAACGAGAAACAGAAUGAAAAAUCGAUUGUCUGUACACACGUGUGUAUGUAUGCGUGAUAGAAAGAAGAAAAGUGCAUGAAAGAGAGAGAAAGAGAGAGAGAGAGAGAGGGAGAGAGAAAGCGAGAGACAGAGAGAGAGAGAGAGAGAGAGAGAAAGAGGGUGGGAAAGGCUGGAGAAACGAGCCACGUUAACGACGAUCAUCUCCGUCCCUUCGUUCACACGAAUUAUCCACGGUGCUCGCAUACACGCGACUUAACUCAACAUCGAAUCUUGUAAACCGAUCGGCUAUUACAUUAACGUAGGAAAAUAUUCGUGGCGAGCAUUCGUGUUUUACGUUUAUCGAUCUCGUUUGGUAAAACGUUUGGUAAAAAUAUACAAAAGGUAUUUCGACCGUGUGGUAGAUCGGGUCGACUGGCAAGAUAGUUGCGAUCGAAGCGAACGGACGCGUUUGUUAACAUCGUUGGAGCCACGCGGAGAACCUUGUCGAGGUCUAAAAAAAGCCAAGUGAGAUUUUUGUGAACGAAGGGGCGCGGCGUGUGAACGGCGAGUAGGAAGGAAGGAAGGAGAGAAAAUGGGGGGCGAAACAAAAGGACAAAGGAAGGGAAGAGCAUUUAGUUAGCGUAAUUUUGUCGACGCUCGGCACCGUUCUCGCGUGGACGAGGAGCGAUGAAACGCGGCGACUCACGCGAUUAGGAAAGCAAGCGCUGCGAUUCACGCGUCUCGGCAGCGUCGCUAUCUCACGGAUAAAUUUAUUAAAAACGCAUAUACCAAACGCAGCGUAUAAGCGUGCAUAUAUGACGCGGUGCAUCGAGAUGGUUUUCCAAUUGCUUCGAAGAUAACGAGAAACGUUCCGACUCGACGAUUCGCUUGUCCGCCGAUUCUGACGCGCGGUGAAAGGCCCGCGGAAGAACACGUUGUCGCGUCUCCUCCGUUUGUUCCUUGACCUUAGAUCGCAGCGCGGUUCGAGAAAACACGCGUGGAAUUCGUUUAUUUUCGUUGAUCGGUAACGAUCGUGACGCUGCCUUUCGUUUAUCACCGCGUACACCAUGCGUAUUGUUUCCACGAAAGAUCGAAAGUUCGUUCGGGGAUGAAAGUUGGGAACGAGACGUCGGCCGCGCGCGUCUCCGUACGCGUCGAGAUUCGGUCGUAAAUCGAUGGCAGAGACGGGAGAGAGGGCUGGCGAAGAAUUUUCGAGAGAUACCGUUAACGACGGCUUCGAAGGAAUCGGAAAACCUUUGAUCGCGAUAACGCGGCUACGAAGCUACCGCGGCUCAUAUAUAUAUAUACUAGGUGAAAAUUUGCAUCCCGUAAACGAGCACGAAACGAUACGCGUUCGAAAACGAUUUCGCGCGCGACUCCGAGCUCGUACACACCGACACACGAAAACGAGACCAACUCUUAGACACGCGAUCUCGUUCGUGCACGGACACGUUCUCCCCACUAAUCGAUCGAUAUAAUCGUAGUGAAACUUAUCUAGGUACCAAUUCACCUAAAUCAAUUGAUAAUUAAAACAAAGUAUAUAUAUAUAUAUAUUCAUAUACAUAUGAUAUAUAUAUUAAUAUAUAUUAUAUAGAAAGUAGUAUUGUUCCGAUACUCGACAGCGAGCCGAGUAUUUGGGCGAGAAUCGAGAUCGAGGUUUUUCUAGACAAAUUUUUCUAAUCGUUAACGAAUGCGCGGCGUUCCGCCGUUGAAUCGAGCGGAACGUCUCCUUCUAUCGAUACACUCGCGUUAUCAUGCCCCGUAAACAAAGAUCUCGGCUCGUUCGCGCGUUUAUCACGCCACGAACGACCGAAACGAACGACCGGUAUCCGUGCCAGAACUAUCGCGCGAUCUCGACUAAACGAAUUUCUUCUUCUUCGAGCGUUUUUUGCGUUCACCUGUGUUCUGACACGGAUCGUACCGAUUUCCCUGCUCGCGCGCACGCGCGCGUGCGCGUACACUCUUACACAGACAGACAGACAGACAGACAGACACACGCGAGAACGUACGUGCGCGUUUUUCGUACGCGGAACUCCAGUCACUUUUCCUCGGACGAAAACGUUCCGGCGGAAUACGAAGUACUCGAAACAAUGACCUUAUCGGACGUUUCAACGGCACGUUCGCUUAUCGAUCGUUCGCAAAUCAAUGUCCAAUUUCGAAAUUUCCGUGCCUAGGUAGGUAAUCGAUAUCGAUGAAAGAUUCGUUUUGUUUCGCGCUCGAUCAACGAACCGCGAACGGUUGCUCUGUGCGCACUCGAUGCUUAGAUUAAUUAGAAAAUUUUAGUUGACCGUGAACCGUUAUCGAGGAUGUUCCCGAUAUACGAAUUGAGCAGCGUUUAGGUAAAAUUAUUUCGCGAAUGUUGUCGAGAUUCCACGCGUAGCGGAUAAGUGACAUAUCACUUUCGAGCACGAUCGACGCGAUACGGGUUAUUUACGCGCGACUCGACGAAUUUACGUUUCUCUGCUAGUCGGCAAGUUGUGAGAAAACGAGAGUUGACGACCCGCGAAUCACGAAAAUCCGACGAACUCGCCGCUUAACGUCGUCAGGCGUACGAACACCGCGCGCGACUCCUGCGUCGUUGAAAACAGGGGCUGAAGCCGCGAGAAAGUAUGGAUAAAGGGAAUAACCGCGACUCUGUAGUCGCCUAUAGCGAAACUUUAUACGUACGAACGUGCACGCGUACACACGAUGCAUGUACAUGCAAUCAACGCAAAUCCGCAGGCAAUGGUACGCUAAGAAUUUAAAGCAAAGAAGAGAAAAAUAAUAACGAUGACGAUUGAUAAUAAUAAUAAUAAUAAUAAUAAUAAUAUUAAUAAUAAUAUUAAUAAUAUUAAUAAUAAUAAUAAUAAUAAUAAUAAUGAUAAGCUACAUUUCGCAGCAAAGUUAUUGUUUGAGAAAAUCGCCCUUAAGAAAAAAAAAA